CAGCUGCUGUGACGUCACCGCCGCCUCCCAGAUGGGUGGGAUGAAUAUUGUUUAACUUUCUAAGAGGUGAAGUCUGUGAAGGGGAAACUGAUCUACAGAACAAGGGAGAGAUGGGGCUGACGGUGAGAGACGCUCUGGUCUACGCUCUAGAGAAUCUGGAGAAGAUGGGGUUCAAGAAGUUCCGAAAGCAGUUACAUGAAAUUGAGGUCAAAGGAGAUUAUAGGAGGAUCCCGAGGGGCAAACUGGAGGACAAGGAUUGGGGCGACGUUGCCGAUCUGAUCAGGGAAUACUACAAGGAUGUCUACGGGGUUGAGGUGGCCCUGGCAGUUCUAGACAAGAUCAAUGAGAAGAAAGUAGCAGAGGAACUCCAGGAAGACUUGAAAAAAGUGGACCGAUUUGUAAGGCUGAAUGAAUUGGAGGAAUCGAGAUGUUUAGUCCCUAAAGCCACGCCAAUGAGGCUACGCCUGAACGACACCGGAGAGAUGAUUGGCUCCAUAACACUAGAGACCUUUUAUCCUGGAUAUCUCCAUAUUGAGUGGAAGUGUGGAAGAGAGAAACCAGAAGAAGUUUUAUCAUCCCAAGACGUCUACAGAGAAAGUCCUGAUCAGAGAUCCUUCUCAGUGUGUAGUGAAGUCAGGAUUUCACAGGAUUCCCUCAGAUAUCCAGAAUCCACAGUAUAUGUCACCUGGGAACAUGAAUAUACAAAUACCAAGGGGCAGCACAAAUUCUCUAUCGCAGAUGAAGAUUUCCUUUGGAGACCAGUAGCGGAGGACAUACAGACACCACCAUGUUUAUAUCAUGACACCCCCGGCGUCCUACAAUGUGACAUAUCAGGAUAUUACCCAGACGCCCUCACUGUAAAGUGGUUCAGGAAAACUAAACAGAAUCUUGAGAUAUAUGAAGAAUCUGACGAUGUUUCUAUUCCGAAAAUCAGAUCAAAUAAAAAUCCAGAUCACACCUACAGCUGUACAGCAAGGAUAAUGAUCACCCCCACACUGAGCAACCACCAGGGGGCAGAAUACGUUUGUCAAGUGGAACAUCCAUCUCUGGAAAAGGCAAUGAAGAGAAGCACAGGAGGGAUCCGAAUGCUGGCAAAACCCCAUCCGGAGCCCAUAAGGAAGUCGCUGGUUGAGGAAAAGUUGGUUCAGUUUUCCCUGCAUCUUAAGAGUUUUUACCCUAAAGACAUAAAGGUGAAAUGGCAUCGGGGGGAGAAGGAAUUCAUCAAGGGGGUGAAGCUAUGGACGCGGCACACAGAAACGUUCACUGAACGUGAAGAUUUAUUGUUUGAUGUUACCAGCGAAUGUUCUGUUGGGGGACUGAACUUUUCAAAUCCUGAAUAUAAACUGUAUGUAACCUGGGAGCACGAGUCUAUGGAUGGACCUGAGACCAGGACCUUGUCUGCAAGAGAUCUGCCCUGGAUCCCGGAUGUAGAUGAGAUAUUUGUCCUCAGGUUGGAACAUGAUCUCCGCACCAUGAUGAUGUGCUCCAUCACCGAAUAUUUUCCAGAUGCAUUGACUGUGUCUUGGUUGAAAAAGGAAAAUGGCAUUGUGUCUGUAGUGCAGGAAUCCAAUGAGAUGGCUACAAAUAUUGAACCGCACAAGAAGAAAAGCAAGACCCUUGGCUGUACUGCAGUUCUACAUUUUACUCCGGACGCUGAGAAGGACCAAGGGUCGGAAUUUAUCUGUAGGGUGGAGCAUCCCUGCCUGGAGCAUCCGAUAGAGAGGAGCACUGGACCCCUCCGAAUACUAAGACGUGGGGAAGAGGAAUGAUUAUAAUGCCGGGGUCCGUCAGUCUGCGAAGAGGAAUGAUUAUAAUGCCGGGGUCCAUCAGUCUGCGAAGAGGAAUGAUUAUAAUGCCGGGGUCCAUCAGUCUGCGAAGAGGAAUGAUUAUAAUGCCGGGGUCCAUCAGUCUGCGAAGAGGAAUGAUUAUAAUGCCGGGGUCCAUCAGUCUGCGAAGAGGAAUGAUUAUAAUGCCGGGGUCCGUCAGUCUGCGAAGAGGAAUGAUUAUAAUGCCGGGGUCCAUCAGUCUGCACUUUAGUGACAUUAUUAUUUGAUUGGUACCAUUGUUUCUCUUUGCUUUUUUUUUCAGGCUGUCCCUGGUUUUGACCGAGCUGCUGUGAGCUGUAAUAAUAAAGAUCUGUACCUGGUAAACAAAGAAGAGACCAUGGCUCUAGCUGGGUGACUGCACCCCUUUAAGCAUUGGAUGAGUGUGGGUGCCAGCAGUUGGACUCCUUCCUGUGAGGUUUUUGGUCAGAAUGUAUUCUACACCCCAAUACUAUUCUUCUAUACCCACAUUGUGUUGCUAUCAGUGUGUGAAGAGUGGGAGAAGAGGGUUGCAUUGACAAUCCAACACAAUGGGCAGCACAUUCAACACAUUUUAUAAGUGGUCAGAAACUUGUAAAUAACUCAUGAAGGAAUAAAGUUACGUUAAAACCAAGCACAUCAUUGUUUUUCUUGUGAAAUUCCCAAUAAGUGUGAUGCGUCACAUGACCCUCUUCCUAUUGAAAAAACAAAAGCUGGA